UGUGUGUGUGUGUGUGUGUAUCGAUUCGCACAUUGAUGUGAACGAACGGACAGCAUGGAUGUGUGACCUAAAGGUAAAACCUGAACCUGUUCAUCUUUAAAAGGACGACAGUAAUACCCAAAGAUGAAUUACACUUUACUCUCUAUUACUUCUAUUGAUUGGUUCCAGGCCAUGCAGAAGGAAGGGAUGAAUUUUCUAAUCAUUCCUGCUGCUCUCCUAACUACCAUCACUCUGAUGGUAAAUCCAGUACUCCUCUUCUGCAUCUUCUACAGUCCAUCUCUCCGACAGGAAACACGCUACCUGCUCCUGGCUAAUACCCUACUGUCAGACAUCCUAUUUCUUAGCUUCAACCUCGCCAACAUUUCCUGUAAUGCGCUGGACAUGGAAAUGCACUACAUAUUCUGCGAGGUCUUGAUGGUUGCCACAGUGACUACGUACUGCUCCUCAGUGUUGACUCUCACGCUGAUGGUCAUCGAUACGUUUAUGGCCGUGCGAUGGCCAUUGCGCUACAAUGAAAUCUUGCCUCUGUCACGGGUAAAGAAGAUUGUCGGGGUGGUGUGGGCCAUAGCUUUGAUGUAUCCACUGUCACUGCUGGUGGUGAUGGUGGUCAGAAAACAGGGCGACCCAGCGAACCUUAAGGUGUGUCUGGUGCUGCUCACUCUUAAGUCACUAGAAAACGACAUAGCGGUUAGCUUGCAUAUAUACUUCAGCGUGUGGGUGAUUUUAUGCACUAUCCUGAUCUUCUACUGCUACAUCCGUCUCUACAUGGUCACCAGGAGAUCUGGAAUAUGGCGAAGUCGUUACUCUCGAGCUCGGCUGACUCUGUUAGCACACGCUGUGAUGUUACUAAUAUACUUUGCACCUGGUUUGGUGUUUACAGUGGAGCUUGCGAAGUUUGAUGCGUUGGUUAAUUAUCAUUUGGAGCUGGCUGUGUGGAUCAAUACAGUGAAUCUGGCGGUGCUGAUGGUUGUGCCACGUGCUUGUGCCCCCUACUUGUAUGGUUUGCGUUAUCGGGAGGUCUAUGAGACUGUUCGGCAGAUGCUGAAGAAAAAAUUGCUCAGCCAGCACACCAACAGUUUACCAUCAACAAGCCCUUAACGAUUAUAUAAUUACACAGUAACCUCAAAUACCCAAACAUGCAAAACAAUGCAGUCGGAUUGAAAAAUAUGUAAAAGCCAUUUGGCAUUACUUAUGAUUACUACAGACUAUUUGCCUUAAACCUUUCUUUAAUUACUAUUUGUGAGGAAAGUGCUCCCUUUUUUAUCAUGGUAGCAGCUCCCUCCAUUCUUAUUGUUGUUAUGACCUGUUGUUUCAAAUAAAAAGAGUGUCCUGUGCUCAUUCCUGGACUCUUCUUAAAAAAAGGAAAUAUAUCAAGGGUCCUUUUAACCAGUGCUCGAAUUGAGUCAAGUCUUAUGAGGGGUCCCCAGUUGUUGUGUAAUUCAUAUAUGUUUUAAUAAAAUAAUCUUGGGGACCCCCAAAAGUCAAUUUUUCACUUGUCAGGCAGGGGGGUCCCUACCCUAAUGGCUUAAUGGGGAGGUCCCGGAUCCCCCCUCAAUUCGAGCACUGCUUUCAACUCACUUUUUAAUAUACAGUAGUAGAAUAGUAAUGAUUUAUAAAACCCACAAUCCGGUGAUAACAGGGAUGAGUUUCCUUUUUUUCCGUUCUCAUGGUGUCUCGGGGAGUUUUUCCUUGUCACUAUUGCCUCUGGCUCACCAUGAACUAUUGGAGCAGCAAGGUCAAUUCAAUAGUUUUUACUGUAGAUUGGGGACAUUUGGGUUUGAGAUCAAAAGGUGAAUAUCCCAGUUUAGGAUUCAGCUUUUAUUUUGCAACAUUUAGAUCUACACAACAUAAAACUGACAAGCAUUUGUAUCAGAUGACAACAUUUUUACAUGAGCAUAUGAAUAGGUAUAUGUAUAUGUAUAUCUAUAUAUAAGUCUUGAAGUCAAGGCAAAAUCAAGCCAAUGGCCCACUGACCUUAACAAAGUGUGGGUUCUUCUGUUGUGAUGCUACAGAUGUUUUUAGGGCAGCCUAUUUAAGUUGUCGUUUUGUACAGAGAUUUCUCCGGUUAGACUCUUGUUUAUGAGGUAAAAUGCUGGUUAAUUUGUUCAAGGUCUCAUGAUUGAUUUGGGCAGUCGAAAGUAUUCCUCAUCUAUUUUUUGUGUUGGCUGUCUUUUGAAUCAUUCCAUUUUGGCCUGAUGAAGUUCCUCAAAUAAAGCUGUUUGCAUUUCUCAGUAAACUUGCAGACAAAAUGUUUUUGUGAACUUCUGUCCUCAUUCUGCUGCUACCCUCAUGUAUUAUGUCAUCACUAAAGUUUAGUCAGCUAAUUCUAGAAGCAGCCUUAUUAAAUCAAUGGCACUAUCUCACUAUCUGUGUGUGCAAAGCCUUUUACAGAUUUUUUCCUCUAGAAACCCUUGUUGUUCCCACACUCACAGAUCUAUGUUCUUUAUGUUGACUAAUCACUAAAAUCACAUUCAUCCUCUGAACUUAAAAUUAAAUGUCUUCAUCAUAUAGCUAAAUAAACAAAUAAAACAAAUACAUUGAUUUUGCUGUUCUAAUAGUUUCAGAGGGGACUGAAUAUAUGGAUUUCUGUAAAUCUACUUUGUAACAAUCUCUAAUAUUUAGCAAAUAAAAACUUCAUUCAGGAAAUAAGUGUAUAAGAAUAACCUAUUUGUUUACAGGAACUGAUCACAUUUUAUUGUUGUGCUGUUAUGGGUGUUAUAUCUCUUUGCUGUCAUUGUUGCUGCUAUUCAAAAAACAUUUCCUUCUUGUACUUGAUUACUUAUUUUAAUAAAGAUUUGUCAACAUGUUUUAGUUUAUGUACAGAAGUAGAUUAAGUUAUACAACAGGCCUAGUUAUGGCUAAGCUAUCUGUUUAUAUACACUGUGUAGUGAGAGAGCUCACUCUGCUCCAUUACCUGCACUGUGAUGUUUACCCUCAUCUCCACCUCCAUGGAAACAUGACCAAAACCGUUCAAUAUCACUUGGCUCACACG